AUGCGAGCUGGCUCCAGCGAGGAGGAAGAGGAAGAUGUGAUGGACAUCCUCCAGAAACGGCGCGAAGAAUGCGAGCGCAAGGCACGGCGCGGGGAGAUGGACCCGCGGCUGGAGUUCACCUUCCAGCUGCUCAUCGACGGCACCGGCCUGCCGCGCCACGCCAUCAUGGAUCACGUCUUCGAAGGGAACAUGCUGGACGACAUAAACCAGCUGUUUCUACCGCACAUGCGCAACAAGCUGCUGUGGUACUACCAGGACGUGGAGGAGGUGGAGCAGCGCGCGCCGGUGGAGGGCACCAAACCCCGCCAGCAGGGCCAGGGCAAGCAGCCGCCGCCUACCGUGACCCUGAAGAAGAAGCUGUUCCUGUCCGACGGGUGGGACGUCCGGUUCACCGGCGUCUGUAUCUACAUGUUUCGCAUCAACGUCAGCAAGCAGCUGCCAGAGGAAGGCUUCCAUAAAGACCUAUUCUGCGGCAUCCUGAACGCUGAGAAGGUGGGCCUGGUGACAGCAAUCGAGCGAGUGAUGGAGCACGUGUACAUGAGUGCGCUGGCGCACCCUGGCAGCGACGCCGACGAGGAGGAGUCGCGCUUCCCCAUCGUCAAGAACCAGCUGCUGCCCGGGUUGAGGUCUUUCUGCAGCGCGCUUAAAGUUUGCGAAGACGUGUGCAACCAGGUGAAUCUGUUCGAGGAUGGACAGGCGCUGAUGGCCAAUGUGACUGAGCACGCGCAGCUCAAAGAGAUGACCAAGAAUCCCACCACCAUCACACUGCUCGAGGACCGCGUCAACGAGUGGAUCAAAAAGGUUAUGGAGAUACUAAGUGAGAGUGAACAACUCCGGCGCGAGGUGGACUCCAGUGGGCCUCAAGAUGAGCUGGAGUACUGGAAGAAGCGCGGCGCGCAGUUCUCACAACUCGUGUCUUACCUGCAGGACAGCGAAGUGCAACUAACUCUUACAUGUCUACAACUGGCCAACUCUAAGGUGAUCAAGUUCUGGCGCGAAACUGACCACAAGAUCACGUUCUGCUACAACGAGGCAAAGGACAACGCCAAGUUCAUCCAGGCGAUGGAGAAGUGUUGCCACUCGCUGUACCUGGACGACCCUGUGAAGAUAAAGGACUCCAUCCUCAGCCUGCUGCAGACUGUCAGGCUGAUCCACAGUGUCUCACAGUUCUAUAACACUUCUGAGAGGAUCUCUUCUCUGAUGGUGAAGAUCACCAAUCAAAUGAUUGAGACGUGCAAGCAGUACAUCACGUGUCGCUUCAAGGAGACGAUCUGGUCCCAGGAGCGCCACCUGGUGCGCGAGAAGCUCAUCCACUGCAUCAACCUGAACAAGACCUACAGAGAGACCUAUCUCUUCGUCAAGAACCAGCCGUUCUUGCCCAACGCUGAGCAGUUCAGUUUCUCCGAAAACUACGUGUUCGGGAAAUUCGACACCUUCUGCAAGAGGCUCCACAAAAUCAUCGCCAUGUUCGAUCUCAUGGACGACUACAACCACUUGUUUCAGAAGAGGAUGGAAGGUCUACUCUUGGGAGAAGAUCUAGAAGAAGCGAUGCACGUGUUCGAGGAAGCGAAGAAGGCGGUGACGACCUGUCAGUACGACUAUCUGGACUACCGCAACAGCGAGUUCGACAAGGACUACCAGGCCUUCGAAGAGAAGACCAACUCUCUGCGCGAGUCCAUCGGCAACACCAUUGAGAUGAAUUUCUCCAGCGUCUGGGAGACGCCGCAGGGCAUAAAGUUCUUGACGAGGUUUGAGAAGGUAAGCCAGAAGAUCCAGAUAACGAAGCUGAGCGAGAAGUACGACAGCGUGCUGCGGUACUGUGAGCGCGAGGUGGACAAGAUCACGCGCAUGUUCAAGAAGCAGCGCGAGGACCCGCCGCUGCCACGGAACUACUCGCCCGUCGCUGGUCGCAUCAAGUGGUCGCGCUGCCUGAUGCACAACAUGACGGAGACGGUGGAGAGCGUGUGCACGCACCCGGUGUUGCGCGUGCGCCCCGCCGCCGGCGACAUCCUGCGCAAGUACACCAACACGCGUGCGCUAGUUCAUACGUAUGAGGACACCAUGCGCGCCGUCUGGAUGAAUCAGAACCUGUGGGACGUGGAUGACAGUUUGAACAAUACCCUGCUGCGCAUUGACGAGUCUGGGCGCAUCGUGGUCAACCUUGAUCACACGAUCAGGUUGCUCAUCCGCGAGUCUGACUGCCUGGUCAAGAUGGGCGUCGAUCUGCCCAUCGUCUGCCACUCCCUCUACGCCAAGAAGAACUACUUUACCCUUGUUAAUGACUCUUUGCAGUUCCUCCUGGAAGACUACCUGCGCACUGUGCGGCGCGUCAAGCUGGAGGUGCGCCCUCUCUUUCUCCCGCAAGUGGUGCGGCUAUCUUCCCUCCUGCUCCCCGGCCUGAAGUCCGUCACGUGGACCAGCGAGGAGUGGAAGGAGUUCAUCGACCGCGCCAACGCAGCCAUCAAGAGCUUCGACGUCCUCGUCACGAGAGUCCAUGACAUAUAUACCAAUAGGAUCAUAUAUAUGCUAUCGGGCAUGCAGGAUGUCUCGUUGAUCACACUGCCAGAAGAUACGCCAUGGACUGUUGAAGAAUUCAUAGAAAAUGUCGAAAGCGGUUGUCGUAACGCGUGCGUGGAGCUGAACCGCAAGAGCCUGAUGGUGGAGGAGGCGGUGGAGGAAGUGCUGGACUUGGUGCGCAAGGCGGCGCAGCAGAUCCGCCCCACGGAGAUCAACCCGGACUUCGAGUUCCUCAUCGCUGACGAUGAGGGCGCGGCGAGUGCGCCGGCGUCAUCCAUGAACGAGUCUACCAGCAGCGGGCAGCAGGACUGGUCGGCUGUGUGGGAGUGUUUCGAGAGCCCUCACCGCCUGCUGUCCACCCCCGCUGGAGGACUUUCCAAGAGCAUGCAGGAAAUGGUGAAGAACGCAGUGAAUGAGAUGCGGCGCUACUACAGCCGCAAGGUGGUGGACGUGCUCAUCAGGGUCACCAGGAGGACCCUCGACCUCGUCAUCAAACCCUUCUCCGCUGAAUCGCUCUCCACGAGCGCGAAGAAGCCCAUCUUCCUGCUGCAGGCGACGCUGAUGAUCCCCAACGUGUGCGUGAACCCAACCCUGGAAGAAAUUCAAGAGGUGCUGGUGGUAGCCGGAAAGCUCAUCUCCGGACUCGCCAAGGGCGUGGCGCAGUGGAGCGGUGGCAAGACUACCUCCCGGGUGCAAUCGGUCUCGGCGCCCAAUGUGGCCAUGGCCCAGAAGUCUCUCAAGGUCAUGGAGGCGGCUAAGAUGCGCAGGAAGAAGCACUAUCGGCUCGAGUCGGAGGAGAAGCCCUCCUUCCCCUACCAGCAGAAGAACUUCUACAACCACAUCAUGGAGAACAAGGAGAUCGUCAAGACGCUCUCCUUACUGUCCACCUGCACACAGAAUGUCAAAGUAGAUCUCAACACGCUGGUAAAGCGUUGGCGGCCGUACCACUACCUGUGGAAGUGUGAGAAGACGCUGCGGCAGCUCCUGACGUGGAACCUGAACGACUUCGACUUGGCUUUGAAGCGACACAGCGAGCUGGAGGCCAAGCUCGCCACCGAGCCGGACGUGCUCAUCGUUGGGAACUGCCUCGCCGUUUCCACCGAGAAACUCAAGCUUGGACUCACCACCGAGCUUAAAAAUGGUACGCACAGGAUAAGCCAGGCGAUGAGGAAGAAGUACAAACGGGAGAUGGACUACGUCUACGCUAUCAUGAACGAUCUGGAGCGCAAGUUAGAGCGACCAGUGCGCGACCUCGACGACGUGCGUACCGUCAUGGAGACACUCAAGAAGAUCCGCGAGCAGGAGGUCGAUAUGGAGCUCAAGAUAGAUCCUGUCGAGGAAGCGUUCAACGUUAUCACCCGGUACGAGCUGCCGGUGAGCAAGGAAGACCUGGAGCAGGUUGACAACCUGCGCUACACCUGGCAGCAGCUACAGGCGACGGCCCUCGCCUCACACGUGCAGCUGCUGCGGAUGCAGCCGCAGUUCGAAGACGACCUCAAGAACAACCUCGACAGGUUCCGCGAGGACAACGCGGAGUAUGUUCACGAGUACCGACACGCCGGGCCCAUGCAGUCAGGACUGUCUCCCCGGGAAGCCUCCGACCGCCUCAUACUCUUCCAGAAUCGGUUCGACGGCAUGUGGCGCAAGCUGCAGACGUACCAGAAUGGGGAGGAACUGUUCGGUCUCCCGCACACGGAGUACCCAGAACUGGCGCAGAUCCGCAAGGAGCUGAAUCUCCUCCAGAAGUUAUACAAACUGUACAAUGACGUCAUCGACCGCGUCAGCAGUUACUAUGACAUCCCCUGGGGCGAGGUCAACAUCGAAGAAAUCAAUAAUGAGCUCAUGGAGUUCCAGAACAGAUGCCGGAAGCUGCCCAAAGGUCUCAAGGAGUGGCCAGCGUUCUUCGCGCUAAAGAAGACGAUCGACGACUUCAACGACAUGUGUCCACUGCUUGAGCUGAUGGCCAACAAGGCGAUGAAGCCGCGCCACUGGCAGCGCAUCAUGGAGGUCACCAAGUACAUCUUCGAGCUGGAGAACGAAGACUUCUGCCUGAAGAACAUUCUCGAAGCGCCGCUCCUGCAAAAUAAGGAGGAUAUCGAGGACAUCUGCAUAUCAGCUAUGAAGGAGAAGGACAUCGAGGCGAAGCUGCGGCAGGUGACGAACGAGUGGUCGGUGCACGAGCUGACCUUCCAGACGUUCAACAACCGCGGGGAGCUGCUCCUGCGAGGAGACACCACGGCCGAGACCAUCGGCCAGCUCGAGGACAGCCUCAUGAUCCUCGGCUCUCUACUCUCCAACCGUUACAACGCGCCGUUCAGGAAACAGAUCCAACAGUGGCUAUACGACCUUCAGAGCACGAACGAAAUCCUAGAGCGAUGGUUGCUGGUGCAGAACAUGUGGGUGUACCUGGAGGCAGUGUUCGUGGGCGGCGACAUCGCCAAGCAACUGCCGAAAGAAGCCAAGAGGUUCUCCAAGAUCGACAAGUCUUGGCAGAAGAUCAUGCAACGGGCCCACGAGACCCCAGGUGUGGUGUCCUGCUGCGUCGGGGAUGACCUGCUUCGCCAACUUCUACCACACCUUCAGGAGCAACUAGAACUCUGCCAGAAGAGUCUCAGCGGCUACUUGGAGAAGAAAAGGACCAUGUUUCCUCGAUUCUUCUUCGUGUCAGACCCGGCGUUGCUGGAGAUUCUAGGCCAGGCUUCCGACUCUCACACAAUACAGAACCAUCUACUGUCCAUAUUUGAUAAUAUUCGCUAUGUGAAGUUUCAUGAUAUAGAAUACAACAAGAUGACAGCGAUAGUGUCGUCAGAAGGCGAGGAGAUCAAGCUGGAGCGCGCGGUGCGGGCGGAGGGGUCGGUGGAGACGUGGCUGACGUCACUGCUGCAGUCGGCGCAGGGCUCCCUGCACUCCAUCAUCCGCAACGCCGUCGCGCUCCUCAACGACCCUACCUUCAACAUGCUGCUCUUCCUUGACAAAAUGCCUGCGCAGGUUGGUUUGUUGGGUAUACAAAUCAUCUGGACUCGCGAUGCGGAGCUGGCGCUGAUGCAGGCUCGCCAGGACAAGAAGAUAAUGAUGGAGACGAACAAUAAAUUCUUAGAGCUGCUGAACACUCUCAUCGACCAGACCACCAGAGACCUCCUGAAGAUUGAGAGGAUCAAGUUUGAGACCCUCAUCACUAUACAUGUGCACCAGAGGGAUAUCUUCGAUAUGUUGUGUCGCCUGAACGUGCGGUCGGCGAUGGACUUCGAGUGGCUGAAGCAGUGCCGGUUCUACUUCAAGGACGAUGCGGACAAGACCUGGAUUUCAGUCACUGACGUCACCUUCACCUACCAGAAUGAAUACCUUGGCUGCACGGAGCGACUGGUGAUCACGCCGCUCACCGACAGAUGCUACAUAACCCUGGCGCAGGCGCUGGCGAUGAGCAUGGGCGGCGCGCCGUGCGGGCCCGCCGGCACAGGCAAGACGGAGACAGUCAAGGACAUGGGCAAGACCCUCGCCAAGUACGUCGUCGUCUUCAACUGCUCCGACCAGAUGGACUACAGAGGUCUUGGCCGGAUCUACAAGGGUCUAGCGCAGUCAGGGUCGUGGGGUUGUUUCGACGAGUUCAACCGCAUCGAGCUGCCGGUGCUGUCGGUAGCUGCCCAGCAGGUGGCCGUGGUGCUCUCAGCCAAGAAGGAGAAAAAGAAAACCUUCAUCUUCACCGACGGAGACUCCUCCGAUAUGUGCCCCGAGUUCGGAAUCUUUAUCACUAUGAACCCAGGGUACGCUGGCCGCAAGGAGCUGCCAGAGAACUUGAAAAUCCAGUUCCGCACGGUGGCCAUGAUGGUGCCGGACCGGCAGAUCAUCAUCAGAGUCAAGCUGGCCUCCUGUGGCUUCCUCGAGAACAUCACCCUCGCCCGCAAGUUCUACACGCUCUACAAGCUCUGUGAGGAACAACUUACUAAACAGGUGCACUACGACUUUGGGCUGCGCAACAUUCUGUCUGUCCUGCGCACGCUGGGCGCGGUGAAGCGCGUCAACAGCAAGGACAACGAGAGUACCAUAGUGAUGCGCGUGCUCAGAGACAUGAACCUUUCCAAGCUGAUCGACGAGGACGAGCCGCUGUUCAUCUCACUUGUCGCUGACCUCUUCCCCAAUCAGGCACUCGAGAAAACAACAUAUCCCGAGCUGGAAGAAGCCAUCAAGAAAGAGGUCGAGCGAACUGGACUCAUUAAUCACCCGCCAUGGAUCCUGAAGAUUAUUCAAUUGUAUGAAACACAAAGAGUACGUCACGGCAUAAUGACACUGGGACCGCCAGGAGCCGGUAAAACCACCUGCAUACACACCCUUAUGAACGCGCUCAAUGAGACUGAAGACCCUCACAGAGAAAUGCGCAUGAACCCAAAAGCAAUAACAGCGGCGCAGAUGUUUGGUCGGCUGGACGUCGCCACCAACGACUGGACGGACGGCAUAUUCUCCGCGCUCUGGCGGAAGACAUUGAAGAUCAAGACUGGCGAGCACAUCUGGCUGGUGCUCGACGGCCCCGUCGACAGCAUAUGGAUUGAGAACCUCAACUCCGUGCUCGAUGACAACAAGACCCUAACGCUAGCCAACGGCGACCGUCUCACAAUGUCCCCUACUUCCAAGAUCAUAUUUGAACCAGAAAAUAUUGAUAACGCGUCACCUGCCACCGUGUCCAGGAAUGGAAUGGUCUACAUGAGCUCUUCGGGACUCGACUGGGAUCCAGUGCUCCGAGCAUGGCUUAAAACUCGUUCUCAGCGAGAAAUUGAGGUUUUCAGCGACAUAUUUGAGCAGACGUUCCCGAACGUGUAUACGUGGUGCACCCAGAACCUCGUGUUCAGCAUGAGAGUGCUGCAGAGCAACAUCAUCCUGCAGAUGCUGAAGCUACUGGAGGGGCUGGUGCCGCCGCAGGUGGAGGAGCCCGACGACACGUCUGCCAGCAAGUCUGUCAACGGAGACAUCGACGACGACGAGGAGAAAGAGAAAGUAGAGGAAGUCGUCCUCUUCACCCACGAACAUCUACACAAGAUUUACGUGUUUACUCUAGUUUGGGGCUUCGGCUCGCUUCUCGAGACCACAGACAGGGUACGCUUUGACACAUACCUCAAAGCUAACUUCUCCGAAAUACUGGACUUCCCUAAGCAUCCAAAUAACAAACCUAGCGUCUCUUUUGAUUUCUACGUCAAGUUCCCUGGAAAAUGGGAAUUGUGGGACGAUUUAGUGACGAACUAUCAGUACCCAGAUACGGCUACCCCCGACUAUGCGAGUAUUUUGGUACCGAUUGUCGAUAAUGUAAGGGUUAAUUAUCUUAUCCAUUGUAUUGCUAAACAAAGCAAAGCGGUGCUUUUGCUGGGAGAACAAGGUUCAGCUAAGACCGUCAUGAUGAAGGCCUAUAUGAAGAACUCUAAUCCAGAACAAUUUAUGGCAAGAUCAUUCAACUUCUCAUCCGCCACGAGCCCGUACCAGUUCCAAAAGACCAUAGAGAGUUACGUCGAAAAGCGCAGUGGAAUGACAUUUGGUCCUCCGGGAGGAAAAAAGAUGCUGAUAUUCAUAGACGACAUCAACUUACCUCAGAUCAAUGAAUGGGGCGAUCAAGUCACAAAUGAAAUAGUGCGCCAGACUAUGAGUAUGGGAGGUUUCUAUAGUUUGGAGAAACCAGGCGAUUUUACGACCAUAGUCGAUAUUCAAUUUUUGGGAGCGAUGGGUCAGCCAGGUGGUGGAAGAAACGAUAUCCCACCGCGACUGAAACGUCAAUUCGCGAUAUUUAACUGCCCCCUGCCUAACAACGACUCCAUUGACAAGAUUUUCAAAGUCAUCGGUGAAGGUCAUUACAAUGCCAAACGUGGUUUUGCUAUAGAAGUGAGAGGUCUUAUCAAGAAAGUAAUACCACUGACUAGGGAACUUUGGAUUAGAACAAGGGAGAACUUGCUGCCGACACCGGCGAAGUUCCAUUACGUCUUCUCUUUGAGAGAUUUAUCUCGUGUGUGGCAAGGCAUGGUCGGAACAUUGCCAACUGUCAUCGAAUCGGAAAAAUGUCUAAUGUUGUUAUGGAAACACGAAGUUUCAAGGGUCUUCUCCGACCGCUUUACACAUCAGAAUGAUAAAGAUUGGUUCAAUAAGGCCAUGUAUGAGAGCGUUGAACAAAUCUUAGGAGCCGAAUAUAAAAAGAUGAUGGAAAAGGAUCCGGUGUUCGUCGAUUUCAUGAGAGACGCACCCGAGCCUACUGGUGAAGAAGGCGAAGACGCAGACAUGGAGUUACCCAAAGUUUACGAACCUGUGUUUGACUACAGCGAACUCCGUGAUCGUUUGGACAUGUUCCUUUCACAAUUCAACGAGAUGGUUCGAGGUUCCGGCAUGGACCUGGUUUUCUUCCCAGACGCAAUGCUGCAUCUUGUAAAAAUAUCUAGAGUGAUCAGACACCCGCGAGGAAAUGUGAUGCUCGUGGGCGUCGGUGGCUCUGGAAAACAAUCGUUGACUAAACUGUCCACUUUUAUAGCUGGAUAUCGUUCCUUCCAAAUCGCUCUUACCAGAUCAUACAACGUUGGCAACUUCUUAGAAGACCUCAAACUGCUGUAUCGAUCAUGUGGCGUACAAGGCAAAGGAACCACGUUCAUAUUCACGGACUUAGACAUAAAAGAAGAAGGGUUUCUGGAGUAUCUGAACAACAUCUUGUCAUCAGGUGUAAUAUCAAACUUGUUCACCAAAGACGAGCAGCAAGAAAUAAUUUCGGAACUGACUCCGAUAAUGAAACGUGAAAAUCAGAAACGAACCCUCACAAACGAAUUAGUUAUGGAGUACUUCUUAAACAGAACUUGUCAAAACCUCCACGUUGUGCUUUGCUUCUCACCGGUAAGCGAAGCUUUCAGGUACCGCGCGCUGCGGUUUCCGGCACUUAUAUCAGGCUGCACUAUAGACUGGUUCCAGCCGUGGCCAAAGGACGCUCUGGUAUCAGUAGCUGACCACUUCCUCGCCGAAUUCGAAAUUGAAUGCACUAAGGAAGUUAAGAAAGAACUUGUCACGGUGUUGGGUACCAUACAAGAUGUUGUGUCACAAGUUUCGGCAGAAUACUUCCAAAGAUUCCGACGUUCGUCACACGUUACUCCAAAGUCAUACCUCAGUUUUAUUGGAGGCUACAAAACAAUUUACCAGAUGAAACAAAAAGAGUUAGGUGACGGAGCUUUAAGAAUGGACACUGGCUUAGAAAAGCUCAGAGAAGCGUCUAUAUCAGUGGAAGUAUUAAAAAAAGACUUGGCUGUUAUGGAACAGGACUUAGCACUUGCUUCAGAAAAAGCUGACAGAGUGUUAACAGAAGUAACUGAACGAGCGAUGCAAGCUGAGAUAGUCAAGAACGAAGUACAAAUAGUGAAACAGAAAGCGGAAGCGUUAGUUGCAUACAUUGCUGAAGAAAAAGAAAAAGCUGAGAUAAAAUUAGAAGCAGCCAAACCUGCCUUAGAAGAAGCAGAGGCCGCCCUUAACACGAUCAAACCAGCACACAUAGCGACUGUGAGGAAGCUUGGCCGUCCGCCACAUCUUAUCAUGAGGAUCAUGGACUGUGUACUGAUUUUGUUUCAAAGAAGAUUACACCCGCUCAUACCAGAUACAGCUGCACCCUGUCCCAAGCCGUCAUGGGCGGAAUCUUUGAAGAUGAUGGCGAGCACAACGUUCCUGCUUCAACUACAAAACUAUCCAAAAGACAUAAUCAAUAAUGAAAUGGUCGAGCAUUUAGUUCCGUACUUCGAGAUGGAAGACUACAACAUGGACACCGCCAAACGCGUGUGCGGUGACGUCGCCGGGCUACUUUCUUGGACUAAAGCCAUGGCGUUCUUCCACAGCGUUAAUAAAGAAGUGCUUCCAUUGAAGGCAAACUUGAUGUUGCAAGAAGCUCGAUUAAAGGUUGCUAUGGACGACUUAGCUUCAGCAGAACGACAACUGGAAGAACGUGAAAUGUCCCUAAGAAAAGUGAAAGAACAAUAUGAAUCAGCAGUGUCGGAAAAACAACAGCUAACUGACGCUGCUAACGUAUGCUUGAGGAAGAUGACAGCAGCCACCGCGCUUAUUAACGGACUAGGAGGUGAAAAGAUCAGGUGGACACAACAAAGUAAGGAUUUCAAAGAACAGUUAGGUCGGCUGGUCGGAGAUGUAGUCCUGGCCACAGGAUUCUUAUCCUACUGUGGACCAUAUAAUCAAGAAUUCAGAAACAGCCUUCUCAACACCUGGAUGGGUAUUUUAAAAACCAAACAAAUACCUGUAACGGAUAAUCUGAACAUCACUAAUAUGUUGGUGGAAAAUGCCACAAUAUCGGAAUGGACGCUGCAGGGUCUGCCGAACGACGACCUCUCAGUACAAAAUGCCCUUAUUGUAACAAAGGCAAGUUCAUACCCAUUGCUUGUAGACCCACAAAGCCAAGGAAAAAAUUGGAUAAAGAAUAAAGAGAGCACAAAUGAACUUCAAAUUACUUCUCUAAAUCAUAAAUACUUUAGAACGCAUCUUGAAGACAGCUUGUCAUUGGGUAGACCAUUGCUAAUAGAAGAUGUUGGGGUCGAGUUAGACCCAGUAAUUGAUAAUGUCCUUGAGAAGAAUUUUAUUAAAUCAGGUUCCAUCGAAAAGGUAAUAGUAGGCGAUAAAGAAUGUGACGUCAUGCCCGGAUUCAUGUUGUACAUCACCACAAAAUUACCUAAUCCGGCAUACUCUCCUGAAAUAAGUGCUAAAACGUCUAUAAUAGACUUUACUGUUACAAUGCAAGGUCUUGAAGACCAGCUACUGGGCCGAGUAAUAUUAAUGGAGAAAUCCGACUUAGAAGAAGAAAGAGUUGCUCUUUUUGAAUCUGUCAUGAAGAAUCAAAGAAGUAUGAAAGAACUCGAAAGCAAUUUGCUAUGCCGUCUAACGUCCUCUGAAGGCUCGUUAGUAGACGACGAGGCUUUAAUACAAGUCUUACAAAUUACAAAGACAACUGCCGAAGAAGUUAACGAAAAACUUAAAGUAGCGGAAGUAACAGAAAAGAAAAUAAUCAAGGCGAGAGAAGAAUUUCGCGCAGUUGCAGCCAGAGGAUCUAUAUUAUACUUCUUGAUCGUGGAAAUGAGCAAUGUAAAUAUUAUGUAUCAAAAUUCUUUAAAACAAUUUUUGAAUAUUUUUGACAAUUCUAUAACAAAAUCAACUAAAACUAACGUCACAGAAGAACGAAUCAACAUUAUUCUAAAAUACUUGACGCAUGAAGUAUGGGCGUUUACUUUACGAAGUUUGUACGAGAGGCAUAAAGCGUUGUUCACGCUGAUGCUGGCGAUGAAAAUUGAUUGCCAGCGGGGGUUGAUCUCGCAUGACGAGUUCAUGGCAUUCGUGAAGGGAGGCGCCUCACUGGAUCUCAACGCGGUGACACCAAAGCCUUUCAGAUGGAUCCUUGACAUCACGUGGCUCAACUUGGUGGAGAUCAGCAAGCUAAACACUUUCUCAGACGUUCUCUCCAGGAUAUCUUCGAGUGAGAAAGAAUGGCGUGUCUGGUAUGAGAAGGCUAAGCCAGAGGAGGAGACCAUCCCCAGUGGUUAUCAAGAGAGUCUGGAUGUGUUCCGCAAGCUGCUGCUCAUCAGAUCUUGGAGCCCUGACCGCACUCUCUCCCAAGCUAGAAAGUAUAUCGUUGAUUCCCUAGGUCCUGAAUAUGGCGAAGGCUGUAUCCUCAAUCUAGAAGCAACGUGGGAAGAGUCAGAACCGCGCACCCCGCUCAUCUGUAUAUUGUCAAUUGGAUCAGAUCCUUCGGCGCAAAUUGCUGCACUCGCCAAAUCAAAAGAAAUCGUGUUAAAAGCCGUUUCCAUGGGACAAGGACAAGAAAUCGUUGCUCGACAGAUGAUAUCAGAUUCCAUGAGUGAAGGCGGCUGGGUGCUGCUCCAGAACAUUCACUUGUCUCUGCCUUUCUGUGUGGAAGCCAUGGACGCUCUCAUCGAGACCGAACACAUCCAGGAAUCUUUCCGUCUUUGGCUCACUACCGAGGUCCAUACAGACUUCCCCAUUGGUUUACUCCAAAUGGCAAUUAAGUUCACCAAUGAACCCCCACAAGGCAUUAGAGCCAGUAUGAAAAGAACCUAUCAGAACAUAACACAAGAUACCUUGGACUACUCUUCUCUUUCACAAUGGCCCCCUCUAUUAUACGCUGUUGCUUUUCUACACACAAUCGUACAGGAGAGAAGAAAGUUCGGUCCAUUAGGAUGGAACAUUCCUUACGAGUUUAACCAAGCCGACUACGCUGCAAGCGUUCAGUUCAUCCAAAAUCAUUUGGAUGAAAUCGACCCCAAGAAGGGCAUAUCGUGGCCGACUAUCUGCUACAUGCUGGGCGAGGUGCAGUACGGAGGCCGAGUGACGGACGACUUUGACAAGCGGUUACUAACGACGUUUACCAACGUUUGGUUUUGUGAUGUUCUUCUGAGACCAGGCUUUGAGUUUUACAAGGGCUACAAGGUUCCGCAAACAAGAAACUUGCAGGGGUACGUAGACUACAUCAACCAGUUGCCGCUCACCGACACUCCGGAAGUGUUCGGGUUGCAUAGUAACGCGGAUAUAACCUACCAGAUCAACAGCGCUAAGGACAUUUUGGAUACGAUAUUGAGCGUGCAGCCUAAAGAGGGAGGAAGUCAAGGAGGUGAGACGAGAGAGAGCAUAGUGUACCGGUUGGCUGAAGAUAUGUUGGAGAAAUUGCCCAAGCAGUAUGUUAGUUUUGAGGUCAGAGAAGCUUUGCAGAAGAUGGGUGCGUUUCUCCCGAUGAACAUAUUUGUGAGGCAGGAGAUCGACCGCAUUCAGCGCGUGAUCAAGACGGUGCAGUCGACGCUGUGCAACCUCAAGCUAGCGAUUGACGGCACUAUUGUCAUGAGCCAGGGGCUGCGAGAGAGCCUCGACGCUAUGUACGACGCGAGGAUCCCGCAGCAGUGGCUGAAGGUGUCAUGGGAGUCAGCAACACUGGGCUUCUGGUACACCGAGCUGCUGGAGCGCGAGCAGCAGUACCGUGUAUGGCUGCGCAACGGCCGCCCCACGGCCUUCUGGAUGACGGGCUUCUUCAACCCUCAGGGCUUCUUGACCGCCAUGAGACAGGAGGUGACCCGCAGCCACAAAGGGUGGGCGCUGGACUCGGUGGUGCUACAGAACCACAUCACCAAGCUCAAUCGCGAGGACGUCCACGAGGGCCCGCAGGAGGGCGUCUACGUCUACGGACUUUUCCUCGAAGGUGCUUCUCUGGACAGGAAGUCUGGCAAACUGAUUGAAUCGAAACCGAAGGUGUUGUACGAGCAGAUGCCAGUGAUUUACAUCUUCGCGAUCAACACGACGGCAGGCAAGGACCCACGGCUGUACGAGUGUCCGAUUUACCGCAAACCGCAGCGUACUGACGCUAAAUACGUCGGAUCUAUUGACUUCGAGACCGACAGCAACCCGCGCCACUGGACGCUCCGCGGCGUGGCCCUACUCUGCGACAUCAAGUAAACCAACCGGGUACAUUACCCACUCUGGGUAAGUGCCCAGAGGGCGUUAGGGGUCCCAGAUUAUUCCAGAUAUUACCGAUACAUACAGAG